AUGUCUGGGUUUAUGAGCUACUUCGGUGGUCGAAAGGACCCUAAACAGACCACCCGCGAAGCAAUAGUCACGCUUCGCCAACAACUGCAGAUGCUGGAGAAGAAAGAGGAGCAUCUACAGAAGAAGGUUGAGGAGGAGAUGAAGAAGGCGAGAGCAAAUGCGGUCACUAAUAAACAAGCCGCCACUGCCGCAUUACGACGGAAGAAGGCUACGGAACAAGAACUCGAUCGAUUAGCAGGGACACGUCUGCAGCUCGAAAUGCAGGUCAACACGUUAGAAUCUGCGAACUUUAACCAGGAAACUAUGACUGCGAUGAAGAAGGGCUCAGACGCACUCAAGGCGAUUCAUGGUAAUUUGUGCGUCGUCGCCGUUGCUUGCUGCGCUAGACUGCGAUCUGCGCGGCCAUAUUCGUUGACUCAUUUACUUAUUUCAUUUCUCCCGCCAUUUUUUUCCCGUUGGAUCUUCAGAACACCGGAUAAGGUUGACUCGACGAUGCAAGCUAUCAACGAACAACGCGAGAUUGCGAACGAAAUAUCGGAUGCGAUUUCAAAUCCAAUGAAUACUGGUGACGAACUCAAGUUGGAGCUGCAAGAGCUGGAGCAAGACGAGCUCAACGAACGUCUGGCAGGCGCCGAGCGCGCUCCGACCACGGCCUUGCCUUCGGUAGCAAGAGAAGAACCAAUGCGGAAGCAACUGGUGGAAGAAGACGACGAAGAGGCACAACUCAAGGAGUUGCAAGCGGCUUUGGCUAUGUAG